AUGAGUUCUCCUCUCAUCCAUGAAAUCAAAGGGCAAGCAUUUCGGUUCUUGAAGGAAAAGAUUAAAAUUGCAAGGCUGGUUCUCACUGAUGUUACACCAGUACAGUUAAUGACAGAAGAAGCCACUAAUGAGAAUCCAUGGCCACCGGACACACGUACCACGAGUGUAAUAUCACGAGCUGCCUUCGAAGUGGAUGAAUAUGAGAGAAUCAUGGAGAUUUUGCAUCACAGAUUGUCCAAAUUUGAUAAAGGGUAUUGGAGAGCCUCAUACAAGGCUCUUAUAUUACUGGAACAUCUUCUAACUCAUGGACCUAAAAGAGUAUCCGAGGAGUUUCAAAGUGAUAUUGAUGUUAUUGAAGAGAUUGGCCAAUUUCAGCACAUUGAUGAGAAAGGGUUCAACUGGGGUUUGAGUGUUGGAAAAUUAUCAGAAAGAGUAUUAAAGCUCUUAAGAAACAAGGAUUUUCUCAGAGAAGAAAGAGCAAGAGCACGUCAUCUUUCUCAUGCAAUCAAAGGGUUUGGAAGUUUUAACCAACGAAGCUCAGCAAUAGAUGAAAGGUUAAGUGACUUACCUUCUAAGAUUUAUGGGAGAUGUAACUCUUACUAUGAUGAUCGCCAAUAUGAAAAAUAUGAUUUCAUAAGCUUUGGAAAGAAACUCAGUCUCGUGGAUGGAAAUAUGAGAGAACAACAGAUUCUUGAAGACAUGGACAAUUCAAAGCUCCUAAAGCAAGAAAAUGAUUCAAAUUCAGGAGACACAGAAGAAUAUCACCCCUUCAACGAUGAAGAGAAACUGAUUAUAGCAUCCCUGCUUUCUGUGUGA